AUGUCUGGCCGUGGCAAGCAAGGAGGCAAAGCCCGCGCCAAAGCCAAGUCGCGCUCGUCCCGCGCUGGCCUGCAGUUCCCGGUAGGGCGAGUGCACCGCUUGCUACGCAAAGGCAACUACGCGGAGCGAGUCGGGGCCGGCGCGCCCGUCUACAUGGCGGCGGUCCUCGAGUACCUGACCGCCGAGAUCCUGGAGCUGGCAGGCAACGCGGCUCGGGACAACAAGAAGACGCGCAUCAUCCCUCGUCACCUCCAGCUGGCCAUCCGCAACGACGAGGAACUGAACAAGCUGCUGGGCAAAGUCACCAUCGCCCAGGGCGGCGUUUUGCCUAACAUCCAGGCCGUACUGCUCCCUAAGAAGACGGAGAGUCACCACAAGGCAAAGGGCAAGUGAGGCUGACGUCCGGCCCAAGUGGGCCCAGCCCAGCCCGACCCGCGUCUCGAAGGGGCACCUGUGAACUCAAAGGCUCUUUUCAGAGCCACCCACGUUUUCAAAUAAAAGAGUUGUUAAUGCCGGCUA